AUGGCCGAGUUGAAAAUAGGCGAUCAUUGUAGCCUUAAGGAAUGUCAUCUCUUGGAUUUUUUGCCAUUGGAAUGUGACAAGUGUCACCUUUCCUUCUGUAAAAUUCAUAUUUAUUAUAUAAAUCACAACUGUCAAAGUUUUUCGUCCGAGAUUUCUGAUUGUGGAGCGGUUCGUAAUAAUUCUUCUAGCAUAUCAUAUGAUUGUUCUUUUAGAGAUUGUACACAGAAAGAAUUAAUUGAAAUAAUAUGCGAGUGUUGCGGACAAAUAUUUUGUCUUCAGCAUAGACAUCCUCAAGAUCACAAGUGCCCUGAAAAACCAACAAACCGAGAUAAAAAAGCAAAAACGGCAAAGCUGGUAGAUAGUUUAUCGUUUGACAAAGUUAAAAACACAAAAUUUACGAAACCACUUAAUUCCAGAUCUGCGAACACCACCGCCAAGAUUGCUUUGAUGAAAAUAAAAUUAAAGGCAAAGGGAGAUACUGGUUUACCCGUUGACGACCGUAUUUAUUUUGAUGUCAUGUUUGAAGACUCCCAUCAUUACGUUUUCUUUGAUAAAUGUUGGUCCAUUGGCAAAUGUUUAGACCAACUAGCUAAAACUUUGAAAAUUGAUUAUCAACGUCGAAAUUUGUCGAAGCUACAUUUGUUUGCUGAUCUUGAAUCAAACAACAACAUGGAAUUACCAUUAGACGAGAAACUAGUUAAUUUGAUGUCGCAAGGUACUUUGUUUAGUGGCGAGACAUUGACUUUAAAAUAUGUUUGA